AUGGCGACACCCACUAAGGAUACUGAACAUUUCGAUGAUUUGUUAACUUGCACGAUUUGUUUGGAAAUAUUCAAACUUCCGAAGUAUCUACCAUGUCUUCAUACCUUCUGUGAUUCGUGUAUUAAUACCUAUAUUGUGUCAUCUGUGGCAAAGGGAAAGAUAACCGAGGGAUUUACAUGUCCUGUAUGUCGAAAAAUCGUAUCAGGAGGAGACAAAUUAGAAAAGCCAGAAUUAUGGGCGCAAUCGCUCCCAAGCAAUCAUUUUGUUACCUCAAUGUUAGAUAAACUAGCAAUACAAAAGGCAGAAAAAAUGUGCGAUUCUUGUGUCAUUAACAAAGAAAGUACAAAAGCGAAAAGCUGGUGUCCGAUUUGUGAAGAGGCUUUCUGUGACCAAUGUGAGAAAUAUCAUAAAAACUUAAAGAUAUCAGCACGGCAUAAACUUUUCAGCAUUCAGGAAAUGCAGUCCGGCGGUACACCAUUCAAAGUAUGCGAGGUACAAAACUGUGAAGAUCAUCCAGGAAAGAUUGUCGAAUUUUAUUGUUUGGAUCAUUCACAACCUUGUUGCACGUCGUGCGGUACACUAACUCACCGUAAAUGUGAAAAUGUCACUUCAAUUCAAAAAGCCGCUUCCGGUAUCAAACAUUCACCGAAAGCGUCUGGUUUAUCACAAAAACUAACAGAGCACGUGAUUCAGUUAGGUGAAAUUAUUGAAGAUCGAAAUACGAAUUUAGCUGAUGUUGAGAAUUCAACAGGAGAAAUUAGGACAACAGUGGCUAAUAUAAAAACUGAAAUUUCAAGGCAUAUAGAUCGAAUAGAAGAAACUCUGAUAACCGAGUUGACCUCAACCAAGAAGCAAGUUGAAAUAGAAGUAAAAGACGAAGUUGGUGUUCUUUCAUCAUACAGAGGCGCUGUUAAAAAAUGGAAAACAGUGAUAGACAGUGUUCUAGAACAUGGGUCCGAUGAGCAAUGUCUGAUGGAAAUUAAUAAAAUCGAAUCUAAAAUCUCAGAACUUGAACAAGAAAUUGAAGAUUUGGUGAAAACAAUAAAGAGUGUUUCAGUUGUUUUUAGCCCUUCUCCCCCUAUUGCAGAUUUUAUCAAAAAUGCCCAGACGUUUGAAAGAAUUAAAGUUGACAAAUCCGCUGUUAGUUUUUUGAAUUUUAACCUUGAGAUGAAAGUAGACAAAGUCGACUUCCGCACUGGAAAUAUUAACAUUCUACAAGUUAUCGACGUGUGCAAUGGUACCGGAACAACGUCUGGAAUAUUUAUACACAACUUUCUACUUUUUACAAUUCAUAACAAAAAGAAAGUAGUGAAAUACAACAGUGAUGGACAAAGUUUGCUAUCAGAAUUGGCCCUUCCAGGUUCACCGGAGGACAUUGCUGCGGUAACACACUUCAAAGUUGCAGUAUCAUCUUAUGGGCAAGGAGUAUGUGUAGUAGAUAGUAAUAAGAUGGUAUUGUUACAAACCUUGAAUUUACCAGGUAUACCAGUGUAUGGAAUAAGCUUUGUUAAUGAAGACACAUUUAUCGCUUGUCAUAGUUACACACUUACAUGGAUAAACGUUUCAUCGGGACAAACAAUUAACAAAAGGACGACCAGUAGUCAAUCGUUCUUUGUGUUAUCGUUAUCACAAACCGAUUACAUGUUUGCCAACAGUUCCAAUUCUGUCGAUUAUGUAGUCGAUAACACGAAAAAGUUUACCUAUACCAACUCUGAUUUAUCUUACCCUAGAGGGAUAGGAGUAGACUAUAUGGGCAAUUUAUAUAUUGCAUCAUAUAGUUCUAGAUAUAUCCACCAAAUAACGAAUGGAGGAGAGUUAAUAAGAAAAAUUCCGGCUUCAACCAUAGGAAUUGUGAAUCCAUGGACAAUUCGUUUUGCAACAAAUAGUAACAAAAUGGUUGUCACAUGUUCGAGUACUGGCAAAGCAACAAUAUGUGAAUUUGUUUAA